AUGAAUUAAGGUUUGAAUAAUAAGAGCAAGGCUAUUAUAAUUAAAUAGCCUUAUCCAACUUUUAUGAGAGCACUAAAUUUAAGUAAAAAUACUAAAUCAAAUCAUGAAAUACCUAAAGAAUAACAAUAAAUAGCAACCUAAAGAACUUAAAGAACCAUCAUACCUUCAAUGUAUGAAACUAAGUUAAUAUUAUAAAUAGAAAAUCAAUCUCAAAUAAAAAUAGUUAAGAAAAGAUAAGAGUUUACGAUGUUUUCAAAUAGAUUCCCAGAAACAAAAGCCAAUCUUAUCAUAAUCAAAUUAAUAAGAUGGAUGAGUCAAGAGAUAUACUAACUAAACUUAAUUAGCAGAAAAUAAUCAAUGUUGGUAAAUAUUUUAAGUUUAAAUGAAGUAAAGAUUGUUAAAAAACAUCUAGAUUUUUAGAACCAGUCUAAACAACUCAUCGUAUUGAACUACCUCCUUCAAAUAAAAAAAGAUCAUAUAGCAAUGCAUAACCUAUAGAUAAACUAUUUAAGAUGAAUGACAACUCAAUAUCAUAUAUUAAGCCCCCUUUAGAAACACAAAGGAAAAUCUCAAAAAUUAAAACUAAUUUAAAAUUAUAAAGAGAUGAUAAUAUAUUAGAUUUGUUACUAUUAAACACUUGUGAAUUAAAAAAAAAAUUGUCAAAUAAAUCAAGUAACAACAGCAGUUUUAUUUGUGUUAGACCUGGAAAACUGCCUAAAGACUUCUUUAUUUAUAAUUAAUGA